AUGGUAGUGGAUGCUGAUGGAAUUACGGGAGGAUUGCUUUGUGUAUGGAGGCCUAAGGUGUUUGAUCUGAUUGACUGUUGCAGUAAUCGAAAUUGUAUCAUCCUCUCAGGUAAAAUGCAUCAGGCAAUUGAAUGUGUGGUUGUAAAUGUGUAUGCACCCAAUGAUAGGAGUGUGAGAAGGAAUUUAUGGAAAACUUUGGGAAAUCUAAAGCCUAAGUUUUCCAAACCAUGGUGCAUUGGGGGAGAUUUUAAUGAAGUUAAAUCAGUGGCUGAAAGAAAAGGUUGUAUUAGGAGGGAUGGUGGAAUGAAUGGGUUCAAUGAUUUUAUAAAUACAUUGGAGUUAAUGGAUGUUCCAAUGAUUGGAAAGAAGUAUACGUGGUGUAACUCACAGGGAGGAGAGAGGUGGAGUAGAUUGGAUAGAUUCUUAGUCAACCCUGAAUGGUUAGAAUGGUUUAGUUUCAAAUUGUGGGGGUUGUCUAGAUCAUUAUCUGACCACUGCCCAAUAUUACUAAUGGAGGAUGAGAGGGAUUGGGGGCCUAAACCAUUUAGAUUCCUCAAUGCUUGGGUUCUCCACCCCACAUUCAUGAAUAAGGUAAAAUCAGUUUGGGACAGUACUCAAGUGGAUGGAUGGGCGGGAUACAGACUAAAAGUUAAACUGAAAUCCUUGAAAGAAGCACUGAAAGUAUGGAAUAAUGAAGUGUUUGGGAAUGUUGAGUACAAGCUUAAAGAGGCAGAGCAUGCAAUGCAUGCAUUAGACUUGGCUGCUGAGAAAUCCAGAGUAAACUGGGCUUUAAAAGGAGAUAGGAAUACUAGGUAUUUCCAUAUCAUGGCUACAAAGAGGAUGAGUAGAAACCUGAUGGAUUCCAUCAUCAUCAAGGGUACGUCUUACAACAAACCUAUAGAAAUGAAACAGAAAAUUGCAAGGUCAAUUGAACCUUACCAAGCUGAGUUGAUGGUGAAAGAGUUUUCUGAAUCAGAAAUACGGGCUACCAUUAAGGAGUGUAAUGGGAAUAAAGCCCCUGGACCUGAUGGAUUUAAUUUGAUUUGCAUCCAAAAGGGGUGGAGGAUAAUGAAGGAUGAUAUUCUCAAAUUCAUGGCAGAAUUUCAUGUGAAUGGGAGGUUGGUGAAGGGCUUGAAUGCUUCCUUCGUAUCAUUAAUCCCCAAGAAGGAAAACCCAACAAUAUCUGGACUAAAGAUCAAUUAUCAUAAGAGUGCUAUCAGUGGAGUGGGAAUUGAUGAGGCUACGGUUGCUGAUUUUGCUUCAAGAUUAAAUUGCAUGAGUCAACAACUUCCUUUUAAGUACUUGGGUAUGCCUUUAGGGGUUAAUCGUAAAAGAAAGCAAAUUUGGAAACCUUUGGUGGACAAGUUCAAGGAAAAAUUAGCUGGAUGGAAGAGAAGAGUGCUCUCAUUUGCUAGUAAAGUGACUCUAAUUAAGUCUGUGCUCUCCAACCUGCCAGUUUAUUACAUGGCCUUAUUUAAGAUACCUCAAGGAAUAGCAAAAGAGAUUGAUAAGAUACAAUCAGCAUUUCUUUGGGGGUGA